AUGUCUUCAUUGAAUCUAGCGGCAUUGAAUUCGUCCACAACAUCAGCAUCGGAAAUAAAUGUCAUCAUCGAUUCAUUCAUAGCAAAACUUAAAAGAAGGCAAAUUCAAGGUUCAUAUGCCAUUGCCUUAGAAACAUUACAACUAUUGAAAAGAUUCAUAUCAGCUGCACGUUGGUCUCAUGUCAAUGAAUUAAUUUCUCAAAUUAGACAUCUAGCCAAUAGAUUAGAAAAGGCACAACCAACUGCAUUCAGUUGUGGUAACGUAAUAAGAAGAAUAUUAGCCAUAUUAAGAGAUGAAAUAGAAGAAGACAAUAACGAAUCUUCCGCUUCUAAUGACCCACAAAACGCAACUUCUUCCUCUUCCAGCACAGCUGAACCUUUAAUAUCAUCAAUGUUUAACCUUUUACAGAAACCAGAACAAAAUUUAAACAAUUCACAAACAAAGAAAUAUAAAACAAAGACAGAUUUCCGUCAAGUUGCCAUUCAAGGCAUCAAAGAUCUAAUAGAUGAAAUUACAAACAUUGACGAAGGUAUCCAACAAAUUGCCAUAGAUUUAAUUCAUGAUCAUGAAAUCUUAUUAACUCCAACACCGGAUUCCAAAACUGUACUCAAAUUCUUAAUCGCUGCAAGAGAACGUGGUAAUAGAACAUUUACAGUACUAGUAACAGAGGGAUUCCCAACUAACACAUCGAAUGCUCAUCAAUUCGCUAAAACACUGGCUCAACAUGAUAUCGAAACUAUAAUUAUCCCAGAUAGUGCUGUAUUUGCAUUAAUGUCUCGUGUAGGGAAAGUUAUCAUUGGUGCUAGAGCUGUUUUCAUUAAUGGUGGGUCAAUUUCUUCUACAGCCGGUGUUUCCUCUGUAUGUGAAUGUGCUAAUGAAUUUAAGACUCCCGUGUUUGCCGUAGCGGGUCUUUAUAAAUUAUCACCAUUGUAUCCAUUUGAUCAAGAGAAAUUCGUCGAGUUUGGUGGUUCACAACAAAUUUUACCAAAGACUAGUCAUAAUAACGGUACGAUGAGAUUAGAUACAAUUAAUCCAAUUACUGAUUAUAUACCACCUGAAAAUAUUAAUAUUUAUAUUACUAAUAUUGGGGGGUUUAAUCCAAGUUUUAUUUAUAGAAUCGCAUGGGACAAUUAUAAACAAGUUGACGUUCAAUUAGAAUAA